GUCCACACAAAGCUGGAACAUACAAUGAUGCCAAAAUGUUUCGGGAAAGGGGCUCAUGCAAAAACUACACUCAUCCGGUAAGAAGGCCAUCGGUGAUGAGGGCUACCGCGGUUUCCCAAAUGAAAUGAGCACUCAGAACACUCUGGACCCUGAAGAAGUCAAAGAAUUCAAGACACGGGCCCGCCAACGUCAUGAGAUCUACAAUGGUAAGCUCAAGAAAUUUGAAGUUCUCAGUGAGCGUUUCCGCUGCAAGAACAACCCAAACGACAGCUACACUGUGGCCGAGAAGCUCCAAAUGUGCUUCGAGGCGGUGAAUGUCCUCGUCCAGUACAAAAUGGAAAAGGGCGAGCCUCUCUUUGAUAUUUAGCGCCCUAAAUUAGAAUUUAAUAGGCUAGUACUGCAACUUAUCAAU